AUGCCUUCCAUUUUAUUCUUCUGCUUCCUCCUCUGCCUCUCACAUUCUUCUUCUUCUUCAUCUUCCUUAGAAUCACCUAUUAAUAAUGUGGCAAAGAAGAAAACCUACAUUGUUCACAUGAACCACAACCAAAAGCCUUCCAUAUAUUCCACCCACCAUGACUGGUACAUCGCAAGCCUUCAAUCUCUCUCAACUAAUUCAGAUUCAGAUUCGGAUCCACUUCUCUAUUCCUACAAAACAGCUUACAACGGUUUUGCUGCCUCUCUCGACCCACAACAGGCCCAGGCCCUUCUCGCCUCGGGCUCAGUCCUUGGCCUCUACGAGGACACACUCUACCAACUCCACACUACACGAACACCCGAGUUCCUUGGCCUCGAAACCCAAACCACCCUGUGGGCCGGCCACAGUACCGAGGACCUAGGACGGGCUAAACUCUGCAACAAGAAGCUCAUCGGGGCACGAAGCUUCUCCAGAGGGUUCCACAUGGCGUCCGGAAAUUCCGGAAGCGGUUACCCAGGGAGACAGAAGGAGCCUGUGUCCCCACGCGACAAAGACGGCCAUGGAACCCACACGGCGAGCACAGCAGCGGGCUCGCCGGUGGCUAACGCAAGCCUUUUAGGAUACGCCACCGGAACGGCCCGUGGGAUGGCCCCGCAGUCCCGCGUGGCGGCCUACAAGGUUUGUUGGACCGACGGCUGUUUCGCCUCCGACAUUCUCGCCGGAAUAGAUCGUGCAAUUGAAGACGGCGUGGACGUGCUCUCGCUCUCCCUCGGUGGCGGCUCCGCCCCUUACUUCCGUGACACAAUCGCGAUAGGCGCGUUUGCGGCGGUUGAGAAAGGGAUCUUCGUGGCAUGCUCCGCGGGGAACAGUGGACCCAGUAAGAGCACACUUGCCAACGUGGCACCGUGGAUUAUGACCGUUGGGGCAGGUACACUUGACCGUGACUUCCCGGCUUUUGCGGUUCUUGGUAACAAGAAGGGGUUUUCUGGGGUUUCGCUUUAUAGUGGGAAAGGGAUGGGAACUGAACCGGUCAGUUUGGUUUAUUUUAAGAAUUCGAACCAGUCUAGUAGCAUUUGUCUGCCCGGUUCGCUUGACCCGGCUUUGGUGAAGGGAAAAGUGGUUCUUUGCGAUAGGGGGAUGAAUGCGAGGGUUGAGAAGGGACAGGUUGUGAGGGACGCCGGUGGUGUCGGGAUGAUUCUUGCGAACACGGCAGAGAGUGGGGAGGAGUUGGUGGCCGAUAGUCAUUUGUUGCCGGCGGUGGCAGUUGGGAGGAUUGUUGGGGACCAGAUCAGGGAGUAUGUCGGGUCGGAUCCGAAGGCGACAGCGGUUUUGAGCUUCGGUGGGACGGUUUUGAACGUUAGGCCGUCGCCUGUUGUGGCUGCUUUCAGUUCGAGAGGGCCCAAUACCGUGACGAGGCAGAUACUGAAACCUGAUGUUAUUGGGCCUGGUGUCAAUAUUCUCGCUGCUUGGUCAGAAGCCAUUGGGCCCUCUGGGCUGGCUCAGGACACUCGCAAGACUAAGUUCAACAUUAUGUCAGGUACUUCAAUGUCAUGUCCGCACAUAAGUGGGUUGGCUGCGUUGCUGAAAGCAGCUCACCCAGAAUGGAGUCCCAGUGCAAUCAAAUCGGCACUCAUGACGACAGCCUACACCCGCGACAACACCCGGUCGCUACUCCAUGAUGCCGCCGAAGGCUCGUUCUCCAACCCAUGGGCUCACGGUUCAGGCCACGUCAACCCACAGAAGGCUCUCUCCCCUGGGCUUGUCUAUGAUGCCUCCACAAGUGACUACGUUAAAUUCUUGUGUUCCUUGGGCUAUAGCCCAGAACAAUUGCAAAUCUUAAUCAAGCAUUCCGGUUUCAAUUGCACCAAGAAGUUCUCUGACCCUGGCCAAUUAAAUUACCCUUCAUUCUCGGUCAUGUUUGGUGGCAAGAGGGUUGUCCGGUACACACGGAGGCUGACCAAUGUUGGCGAGGCCGGUUCGGUUUACAAUGUGACCGUGAAUGUCCCGCCGGCUGUGAGUGUAACAGUGAAGCCCACCAGGCUUGUGUUUGGAAAAGUAGGGGAGAGUAAAACGUACACUGUGACGUUUGUUUCCAAGAAGGGUACAAAAAAUAAAGCUAGGUAUGGGUUUGGUAGCAUUGCGUGGAGCAAUGCCUAUCACCAAGUUAAAAGCCCAGUAGCUUUUGCUUGGACAACGUUGUGAGAUAGAGUGCUUGGGCUUAGUACUGUUUAAAACCACAAAAGCCGUUGUCUGAUUGAAGAGAGAGAUAAAGGCUUUGUUGCCAUAAAACACGACAUAGCAUUAUUAGUUGGGCAGUUAGACGGUUUGUGAUGUUUUUUCUUUUCAUUUUAAUUUUAUUAUUAUUUGUUUUGCAAAACAAGUUAAGACUGCACAGGGGAAGGGAUGUAGAGAUGUUAUUUGUUGUGAUGUGUGUACUUGGUAUUCGGUGAAAUUAAUGUUACAAAACAAUGGCUUGAUAGAUA